AUGUUAGUGGUUUUUAAUUUCAUUGGCAUUUGCAGAGGGGUUAUUGGUUUUUCUAAGAAAAAUUUAAAAGAAAAUUCGCAAAAACAAUGCUCCAUUUUUUCAAAUACCUACCUUUUCUUAAAAAUAUUUUCAAAAAUUUUUCUUCUAGGAAAACAAAAGAAAACGCUUUCUGGCUUCAGUUCCUCUGCUAUUUUGCCCCACACAGGAUUUAUUUAUCACCAUCCAAUUGUCCAAUCACUUCAACCUGAUUUACGAAGAAAAGCUGCAAGAUUAAUAGCAGCUAAAUGUACAUUGGCAGCAAGAAUUGAUUCAAUUCAUUCUUCCAUGGAUGGAAGGAUUGGGGAACAAUUAAUGCAAGAAGUUAAAUUAAAAUUGGAAAAAAUGCAAGAGCCGCCUCCAGUUAAAAAUAGAAAGCCCUUACCAAAACCAUUGGAUAAAGCUAGCAAGAAAAGAGGAGGCAAACGUGUUCGAAAACAAAAAGAAUUAUUAAAAGCAACAGAAUUGAGAAAGAAGGCAAAUCGAAUGAAUUUUGGUGAAUUACAAGAAGAUGUUAUGCAAGACCAUAUUGGCUUUACUAUGGGACAAGCAAAGAGUUCAAGUUUACCCGUUGGAAGUAGAAUACGAGCUGCUGUUGUUGAUAACAAAACACGUGUAAAAAUGUCCCAAAAACUUCAAAAAACAAUAGAGAAGACUAGACAACAUGGAGGCGUUACUUCAAUCGCAGCUAAAGGGCAUGGAACAACACAAGGCUCGGUUGCUGGAACGGCCUCAGCAAUUUCUUUUACGCCUAUUCAUGGACUCGAAUUAGUGACGCCUAUUCAAAAAGAAGCUGGGAAAGCCUCAACAUAUUUUCAACCCUCAACCAACUUUAUUGCCCCAACUGGGCCAGCAGUAAAGAAAAAAUAA